AAAGCAAGACACAAACAUAAACAAUAACAGCUUAUACAUUGAUAAGGAGUAUCAUAUCGAUAAGUCUAAAUACUUUAACCUAAAAUUUUUGAUUGCAGCCACAGUAAACAUAAUAGUAUUGAUUUGACUGUAACAAAAUGAUAAAUUUUCGAAAACUUUUCAGAAAAAAAUGUGCUGUAAUUGGUAUGGUCCAUGUGAAAGCCUUACCAGGUACCCCCCAGUAUCAAAACAAUAUAGAAAAAAUCAUCUCACAUGCAUCCAAAGAGACCGAAAUCUACUUGAAAAAUGAGUUGGAUGCAAUAAUGAUCGAAAAUAUGCACGACAUCCCUUACGUACAGUCGAAACACUUCGGUCCAGAAAUCGUAGCUACCAUGUCGAGAGUUUGCACAGAAAUUAGGAAAAUCGUACCUUUAACUACCCCUUGUGGAAUUCAGGUUUUAUCGUGUGGGAAUAAAGAAGCAAUUGCCAUUUCCAAAGCAUGCAAUUUUAAUUUUAUUAGAGCCGAAGGGUUCGUUUUUGGUCAUAUAGGGGAUGAAGGUUAUACAGAUGCUAACGGAGGAAAUCUGUUGAGGUAUAGGAAGAUGAUAGGGGCGGACGAUGUUUUGGUCUUAACUGAUAUUAAAAAGAAACACAGCUCGCAUGCCAUAACAAACGACGUUACCCUGGAAGAAACAGCAAAGGCUGCGGAAUUUUUCUUGUCAGAUGGUCUGAUACUUACUGGUACUGCCACAGGCAUGCCAGCCAAAGUAGAUGAGCUCUCUAACCUGAGAAAAUCAACAAAAUUGCCGAUCUUGGUUGGUUCCGGAGUGACAGAGGCAAAUUUAGAAAAUUACUUUGAAGCCGAUGGUCUUAUUGUUGGAUCCGAUUUUAAAAAUGGCGGCGUUUGGAGUGAGACUGUUGAUGAGGAGAGAGUGAAGAAAUUUAUGGGAAAAAUUAGAACCUUGAGGAUAAAUUAAUAAUUAUAUCAUUUCAGUCAUGGAGUAUUACAUUGUUUCACUAC